UCACAUCAUAAACCCACGAAACUUUUGACAACAACAACAAGAAAAAAAAAAGUUAAAAAAAUUACAAAAAUUCCUUCCACUCUCACUCACACUUUUUUCCCGAAACUACCCUUUUCUCCGUCUAUCCAGAUUUCCUCUCUCCUCCCGCUGCAGCUGCUUACCCCGUCCGCCAUGGAUCUCGGCGAGCGAAGAUCAGGUGGUACCGCUCGAAGAAGCUUGAAGCGCAAGCUAGAAGAAGACUUCCAUGGAAAUCACAAGAUCAAGCUCGAUCUUCCUCAAAAUCGGCAUCAUCACCAUAAUCAUCAAGAUCUGUUAUCGGAGAUCAAUUCCUAUGUUCAAAUUCUCUUUCGUUGUUUCUCUUGGUGCGAUUCUGAUCGCAUCGAUUCCAAACGUGCCUCUCAUUUCCUCUCCGAACUCGCCAAAAACGAGGAAAUGGUGAAUUUGAUUGUUGAAUGUGGAGCAGUACCAGCUUUGGUGAUGCAACUUCAGUCACCGCCAUCGGAGGAUGGCGGCGUUUCGAAACCUCUUGAGCAUGAAGUUGAGAAAGGAAGUGCAUUUGCGCUUGGACUUCUUGCUGUUAAGCCAGAGCAUCAGCAGCUUAUAGUUGAUGCUGGUGCUUUGCCUCAUCUUGUGGCUCUUUUGAAAAGGCAUAGAAGUGGAGAUAUAUCUCGAUCAGUCCAUGGUGUUGUAAGAAGAGCAGCCGAUGCAAUUACUAACCUUGCUCAUGAAAAUAGUAGCAUAAAAUCUCUUGUCAGGGUUGAAGGUGGCAUCCCACCACUUGUUGAACUUCUAGAAUCUACAGAUGUUAAAGUCCAGAGAGCAGCAGCAGGUGCACUAAGAACUCUUGCUUUCAAAAAUGAUGAGAACAAAAAUCAGAUAGUGGAAUGCAAUGCCCUGCCUACCCUAAUCUUAAUGCUUCGUUCUGAGGAUCCAGCUAUUCACUAUGAAGCAGUUGGUGUGAUUGGAAAUUUGGUCCACUCAUCUCCUAACAUUAAGAAAGAAGUUCUCCUAGCUGGUGCUGUGCAACCUGUUAUUGGGCUGCUUAGCUCCUGCUGCUCUGAGAGCCAAAGGGAAGCAGCUUUACUCCUUGGACAGUUUGCGUCUGCUGAUUCAGAUAGCAAGGUACACAUUGUCCAGAGAGGUGCUGUCCCACCUUUGAUAGAGAUGCUUCAGUUGCCAGAUGCACAGCUUAGAGAAAUGUCAGCUUUUGCUCUUGGAAGGUUGGCUCAGGAUUCACAUAAUCAAGCUGGUAUCGUCCAAUGUGGUGGUAUCACACCAUUGUUAACACUUCUUGAAUCAAAGAAUGGUCCUCUACAGCAUAAUGCUGCAUUUGCGUUAUAUGGCCUUGCAGACAAUGAGGAUAAUGUUGCAGAUCUUAUUAAAAUUGGUGGUGUCGAAAAACUCCAAGAAGGGGAUUUCAUAGUUCAGCCAACUAAGGAUUGUGUGGGGAAAACGCUGAAGAGGUUGGAGGAAAAGAUCCAAGGACGAGUACUAAACCAUCUGCUAUAUCUAUUGCGGGUUGCUGAUAAAGUUGUUCAAAGACGAAUUGCUUUAGCUCUUGCUCAUCUUUGUUCACCUGAGCAUCAGAGGAGGAUCUUCAUUGACAAUAAUGGUUUGGAGCUGCUCUUGGAGCUUCUCGAAUCUUCUUGUAUUAAGCAACAGCAAGAUGGUUCUAUGGCUUUGUACAAGAUGGCUAGCAAAACAACAUUACUUUCACCAGCUGAUGCAGCUCCCCCGUCACCGACUCCACAGGUUUAUUUGGGCGAGCAAUAUGUAAAUAAUUCGACGUUGUCGGAUGUUACCUUCCUUGUAGAAGGUAGGAGAUUUUAUGCUCACCGCAUAUGUCUACUUGCAUCUUCUGAUGCAUUUCGUGCAAUGUUUGAUGGUGGAUAUAGGGAGAAGGAUGCUAAAGAUAUUGAGAUUCCAAAUAUUAGAUGGAAUGUCUUUGAGUUGAUGAUGAGAUAUAUAUAUACAGGCUCUGUGAAUGUCAAUUUGGAUAUUGCACAGGACUUGCUUAGAGCUGCUGACCAAUAUCUUUUAGACGGCCUUAAACGGCUUUGUGAGUAUGCCAUUGCCCAGGAUAUCUCUGUGGAGAACGUCAUGCUCAUGUAUGACUUGUCAGAGGCAUACAAUGCCACAUCUUUAAGGCAUUCUUGCAUCUUGUAUAUCUUGGAGCAGUUUGAUGGAUUAAGUUCCAAGCCCUGGUAUCCUCGCCUAAUUCAACGUAUUGUACCUGAGAUUCGUGCGUUUUUUGAAAGAGUACUUACCAAACCUAGUUUUGUUGAAUUGACUCAGGCAUAGAGGAUCCAAACACUUCUCUCAAAUCUCAAUCAUUGACUAACCAUUUAGGAAAUCCUUACAAUCACAUGUCGUUUUAGUGUCAUACCAUUUUUUGAGCUUGAAGUGUAGUAUUUAGAUUCCAUUGAGUGUCUUGGUCCUUAUAGUGUGUAAUGCGAUGGUCAAAAUGUCAUAUUGUAGUUGUUUACCGUAUUAGCCUUAGCCCUCUUUUUCGUGUUCUUUUUCAUGUUUUGUUUAAUAUAAGUGAUGUAAAUCUUCGUCAAUACUUCCGCACAUCUUGGGCUAUUGUGAUGGACUGACAUAUUCAUGUAAGAUCUUUAUUGUGUAUAUUGUUUGACAAGUUCGAAUU